UUUAUAAAAAAAUGCAGUGCAAUUGUUUGUUAUAAAUAAUUAAAACAACAGUACGGAAAAUGAACGUUAAUCCAAUUGCAGAGACGAAAGGCAUUGAAGUCUUAAAUAUCAAACCAAAUGAAAUCGAAGAAACUACAACAGGUGUCGAGGUCACGGUUAACGAUGAACAAAAUGAUAUUGUAGAUCCAUGGAAUGUGGCUAGUAACAGCGACACUGGAAUCGAUUAUGACAAAUUAAUAAAACGUUUCGGUUCGUCCAGAAUUGAUGAUGAGCUAAUUGAACGUAUAGAAAAGAUAAGUGGUAAACCAGUACAUCAUUUAAUACGUCGAGGUAUUUUCUUUUCACAUCGUGAGCUAAGCACUAUUUUAACUUUGAAGGAAGAAGGUAAACCGUUUUAUUUAUAUACUGGACGCGGUCCUAGUUCCGAAUCGUUGCAUUUAGGACAUUUAAUACCUUUCAUAAUGACAAAAUAUCUUCAAGAUACAUUUGAUGUACCAUUGGUUAUACAAAUGUCUGAUGACGAAAAGACUUUGUGGAAAGAUUUGAAAAUAGAAGAUGCUAUAAAAUUGGCUCAUGAAAAUGCUAAAGAUAUUAUUGCUAUGGAUUUUGAUGUGGAGAAAACAUUUAUAUUUAAUGAUUUAACAUUUAUGGGCCAAUGUCCAGCAAUGUAUCAAAAUGUCAUACGAAUCCAAAAAUGUGUUACUUUUAAUCAAGUUAAAGGUAUAUUUGGUUUUGAAGAUUCAGAUCUUAUUGGCAAAAUUGGAUUUCCCGCUGUGCAGGCUGCUCCAGCACUUUCGAACACAUUUCCAUUCAUAUUUGGCGAUCGUAAAGUACACUGUCUAGUACCGUGUGCCAUUGAUCAAGAUCCCUAUUUCAGAAUGUGUCGAGAUGUGGCUCCACGUUUAGGUUAUCCCAAAUGUGCCCUAAUACAUUCAUCUUUUUUCCCCGCAUUACAGGGUGCCAAAUCAAAAAUGUCUGCAAGUGAAGAAAAUUCGGCAGUAUUUUUAACAGAUACACCGAAACAAAUUAAAAAUAAAAUUAAUAAAUAUGCAUUUUCGGGUGGUCGUACUACCGUCGAGGAACACAGAACCUUGGGUGGUAAUCCAGAUAUUGAUGUGGCUUAUCAAUUGCUAAAAUUCUUUAUGGAGGAUGAUGAAGAAUUGGAGAGAGUUCGUUUAGCCUACAGUAAGGGUGAAAUGUUAACGGGAGAAAUUAAACAAUUGGCAAUUGAAGUUAUUACUCCGUUAGUGGAAGAGCACCAAGCCGCUCGUAAACUCGUUACCGAUGAAAUGUUACAAGACUUCAUGAAUAUUCGUCCCUUGAAAUUUGGUGGCUGUACAAUUUAAAAUGUUUUUGCUUUAGUAUUAAAUUUUCUAAAUAAAUUUGUUUAUAAAAUUUCA